UUGUGCCCUAUUAUUUAUCUUUAUCUCUACAUAUACUUUACAGACAAGACUAUCAAACUCUGGCGCCUUUCAGAACGAACCCGAGAAGCUUACAACUUUAAUCUUCGCGGAGAUGAUGGUAGGAUUUGCCGAUCCUCUCGUCAAAAGUUGUUCCGGGGCUCCAGUCUGGCAGGCCUGUCCAAAGUUUAUGGAUCUGGCACAGAGUCGGCCUCAUUCGAUGCUGAGGUAGAGCAUGAGAACGGUGAGGAAGGUGGAGAUGAUGAGGAUGAGGAAGGUGAGGGCUAUGACUAUGAUCAGGAUGGAGAGGAUGAGGAAGAAUAUGACGAUCAAAUUGAUAUGGAAGAUAAUCCAAAGAAUAACCUUGGUCUACUUGCCUACUCCGAUUUAGACUCUGGCAUAUUAGGAAUUAGCCAGAUUAAUCAUCAGUCUAGCGCUGAACUUUUAGCCACUCGAUUGUCCGAAGACGUUUCCCCUUCGCCUUCUUCAGGCGCUCUCAGCAGUGACCUGAUAAUGAAAACUCAUCCUACUGACUUUCGCUCCACCUCCGACUCACUCACUAUUCAAUUUGAUUCAACCUUCCACACGCCUAUCUCCACUCCCCUUUCGCUUGUCGAUGCAGAAAUACCGCCUACUAUUGUCUCUCAUCAUUUGCCAACUGAAGAAAGCAGCAUCACCGAGGCUGGGACAGCUCUUCCUUGUGAAUUGAUUGGUCCUGCUCUCUCGCUUUAUUUCCAACAAGGUCGUCCACCCACACCACCUUGUUAUCGUCUUCGACGCCGACGUGGCCGCCGCAGCCAUCGUCUCCGUGGGCCCCAUCGUGAGUUACGGUCGACACGUCUUUAUUCAACACUUGACCUACGAGUACCACGUUUCAGACCAGCUGCCAGCCUUACAGUGGAAGUUCGCCCCCGCCGCGUAUUUGCUAACGCGCACACCUAUCAUAUAAAUGCGGUCUCCGUUAAUUCUGAUCAAGAGACUUUUAUCUCGGCCGAUGACCUGCGCAUCAACCUCUGGCAUUUAGACGUGACAGAUCAAUCUCUUAGUGAGUUAUCUCGUAUCUACAUUCCUUAA